AUGUUGGGCCAAAGCGUCCGGAGGUUUACAACCUCUGUGAUCCGUCGGGCCCACUAUGAGCACGGCCCGGGGAAGACUCUGCCAUUUUCAGUGGAAAACAAGUGGCGGUUACUGGCCAUGAUGACUGUAUUCUUUGGAUCUGGGUUUGCUGCACCAUUUUUUAUAGUGAGGCACCAACUGCUUAAGAAGUAAGGGUAUCGUAAUUCACCAUUUAACAGAUAAGAAUUGAAGAGGUACAGACUCUGGAAAGUGGAUUAAACUCUCCAACUCAGAAUACUAGAUAUGUUUGUAAAUAAACUCUUGACAUGAAAAAAAAAAA